CGCUCUUCCAUUCGAAGCCGCGAGUCUGCGCAUGUCAGGAAGGCUCGUCUCCUCCCUCGACGUUUAGAUCAGAAAAGCUGGAAGAGAUGCAAAUCUUAUUUAUAUACAUUUCAUAAUAUUACUUCUUUCUACACACUGGUUGAGACUUGGUCCUUCGGCUGGACUAAACCUUGUUAGAUGUGAAUUGGAUGCCAUGGUUUCCUGGAGCCAUGUCUUGUAAAUCCAAAGUGGCUCCCAGUGUUGAAUUUGACCACAGCUGCUCUGACAGUGUUGAGUAUCUGACUCUCAACUUCGGCCCUUUUGAGACCGUCCACCGUUGGAGGAGGCUGCCACCGUGUGAUGAGUUUGUGGGUGCAAGGCGUAGCAAACACACUGUUGUGGCAUACAGAGAUGCCAUCUACGUCUUUGGAGGAGACAAUGGCAAGAACAUGCUUAAUGACUUGUUGCGGUUUGACGUGAAGGACUGCUCAUGGUGUCGGGCAUUUACGACUGGCACCCCACCAGCACCGAGAUACCACCACUCUGCUGUUGUGUAUGGAAGCAGCAUGUUUGUGUUUGGUGGCUACACUGGAGACAUCUAUUCAAACUCUAACUUGAAAAACAAAAAUGAUCUAUUCGAGUACAAGUUUGCCACCGGUCAGUGGACUGAAUGGAAGGUGGAGGGACGUCUGGUAGCCAGAUCAGCUCAUGGAGCGACGGUCUAUAAUGACAAACUGUGGAUUUUUGCUGGAUAUGAUGGAAAUGCCAGGCUAAAUGACAUGUGGACCAUCAGUCUUCAGGAUCGUGAGCAGGCGUUGUGGGAAGAGAUUGAACAAAGUGGUGAAAUCCCACCUUCCUGUUGUAACUUCCCAGUAGCGGUAUGUCGGGAUAAGAUGUUUGUCUUCUCCGGCCAAAGUGGAGCCAAGAUCACCAACAACCUCUUUCAGUUUGAAUUCAAAGGCCACAUAUGGACCCGUAUUCCAACUGAGCACUUGCUGCGUGGCUCCCCUCCGCCCCCCCAGAGACGCUACGGACACACCAUGGUGGCGUUUGACCGUCACCUGUAUGUGUUUGGAGGGGCGGCAGACAACACCUUACCCAAUGAACUGCACUGCUAUGAUGUAGACUCACAGACAUGGGAGGUCAUUCAGCCCAGCACAGACAGCGAGAUGCCAAGUGGGAGGCUGUUCCAUGCAGCGGCUGUUAUCCAUGAUGCCAUGUACAUCUUUGGGGGGACCGUGGACAAUAAUGUGCGCAGUGGAGAAAUGUACAGAUUUCAGUUUUCUUGUUAUCCAAAGUGCACGCUUCAUGAGGACUAUGGCAAACUGUGGGAAAACCGUCAGUUCUGUGAUGUAGAGUUUAUCUUGGGGGAGAGAGAGGAGAAGGUCCUGGGUCAUAUUGCCAUUGUAACAGCUCGCUGUAAGUGGCUCCGGAAGAAAAUUCUACAGGCAAGAGAUCGACAAAAACAGAAGAGUAAACUGGAAUGCAAUGAGGAGAGUGAGGAGUCUGGCUCAGGCAGUCAGAAGGACAGCUCUGGAAGGUCCUCGAGGGGUCCUCCUUUAUUGGAAGUGUCAAUCAGAGAGGCAGAUGCGCAACCAUUUGAGGUUUUAAUGCAGUUCCUGUACACUGACAAGAUACAGUACCCACGUAGAGGUCAUGUCCAGGAUGUGCUGUUGAUCAUGGACGUUUAUAAACUCGCUCUGAGUUUUAAACUGUCCCGACUGGAGCAGCUUUGUGUGCAGUACAUUGAAGCAUCAGUUGAUCUUCAAAACGUCCUGAGUGUGUGUGAAAAUGCAAACAAACUUCAGCUGGACCAGCUCAAGGAACACUGCCUGAACUUUGUGGUGAAGGAGAGUCACUUCAACCAGGUGAUCAUGACCAAAGAGUUUGAGCACCUUUCCACUCAGCUGAUCGUGGAAAUAGUGAGACGGAAACAGCAGCCUCCUCCCAGAGUCUAUUCGGAUCAGCCGGUGGAUAUAGGAACAUCUCUGGUUCAGGACAUGAAGGCUUAUCUGGAGGGGGCGGGCCAUGAGUUCUGUGACAUCAUCCUUUUGCUAGAUGGUCAUCCGCGCCCUGCACAUAAGGCCAUACUUGCUGCUCGCUCCAGUUAUUUUGAGGCCAUGUUCCGCUCCUUCAUGCCAGAGGACGGGCAGGUGAACAUUUCUAUAGGUGAGAUGGUUCCUAGUACACAGGCCUUUGAGUCCAUGCUGCGCUACAUUUAUUAUGGGGACGUCAACAUGCCUCCAGAGGACUCGCUAUACCUGUUUGCAGCACCUUAUUACUAUGGUUUCUCCAACAACAGACUUCAGGCUUACUGCAAGCAAAAUCUAGAGAUGAAUGUUACUGUAGAAAAUGUCUUACAGAUCUUGGAAGCGGCUGAUAAGACUCAAGCUCUGGAUAUGAAGAAACACUGCCUGCAUAUCAUUGUCCAUCAGUUCACCAAGGUGUCCAAGCUCCCCAACCUGCGAUCGCUCAGCCAACCACUACUGUUGGACAUCAUUGACUCGCUGGCAUCCCACAUAUCAGACAAACAGUGCACUGAGUUGAGCUCUGACUUAUAGUCUCUCCUCCCCUUUCACGUCCCAUCCCAUUCCUUAUGGACUUUCAUUUACGCUUCCGCUCCAUUUCCUUCCCUUUUCAUCCAACACCUCCUCCCAGCCCAUAUAUUACUGCCUCACACCCCCACUCAAUGAGAUUGGGUCCUGUUUGCUGCUUAACGUUCCCCUGGAUUGUGUUUACUAAAUUGUGUAUGAGAGACAUGCUGGAUGAUCAUAAAAUUGUUAGACUAAAAAAAAGUUAGACUACGUUUAUUUUUAUGUGCAUAUAUUUUGGACAAAUACCUUUAUUUGGUAGAGCACAUCAAAUCUGUCGACGACCAACGAUGUUGUUUAAUUAGACAUCUAAUUAUGUGUCCCACUAAGUAAAGCUUUGAAAAAAAAAUGUCCAGGUCAUUUUUCAUUUCAAAAAAGAAAUAUAGGUAUAUGUGACGGAGUGGCCCAGUCUUAAUUUGCUGGGGUAUAUUUUUAUCAAUAGCCAAAAAAACAUUGUAUAGGUCAAAAUUAAAAUUUUUCUUUUAUGCCAGAAAUCAUUAGGAUAUUGAGUAAAGAUCAUGUUCCAUGAAGAUAUUAUGUAAAUGUCCUACUAUAAAUUUAUCAAAACUUAAUUUUUGAUUAGUAAUGUGCAUUGCUAAGAAUUCCUUUGGACGUUUGGAUUUAAAGUUAAUUUUCUCAAUAUUUAGAAUUUUUUUUUUUUUUUUUGCCCCUUUCAGAUGUUUAAAUAGUUGUAUCUCAGCCAAAUAUUGUUCUAUCCUAACAAACCAUACAUCAUUGGAAAGCUUAUUUAUUCAGCUUCUCAAUUUCGAAAAAGUUACAUUUAAGACUGGUUUUGUGGUCCAGGGUCACAUAUUGCAUUAAGAAAAUGAACCCAUUUUAGGGCCCCAUAUUUUUUUUCCUUUUUUCAUGACAGUUAUGAUUAGAUUUUUUUUUUUUUUUACAUUCUGAUGUUUUGUUUCAUAGCAAGUGACGGUUAUGGUAGUGUGCAGGCAAAUGUCAUGAGCAGGCAACCACAGUACAACUGACCCAGGCUGGUUAUCCCUUUCUGACUCCAUGCUGUGACAUGGAUGGGCUUUUUAUUAAUGAGAAUCAUGGGAUUGUACCAUAGUGGUGUGUGAUCUGAUGGUUCAAAACUGUGGUUUAACAUUUUAUGAGUAUCCCACCAUGCAUUCAUUGUGUUAAUGAUAGUGAAAUUGUUUUUAAGAUGUAUUUUCAGGGAUUUAUCGGUAACGGUAGAUAUUUAAUAUCUAAUUGUUUGAUAUUGUCUAGCCAUAUAGAGUCAUAAUUACUGGUCCAAUGAUGAAUAUAUAUUAGUUGCUGAGAGAGAUAAUAAAAAUACAAAUUUGGGGCCCCAAGUCCUCCAUACAGUUAUGGUAUCAGCAGACUUUUUAUACAACAUUUUUUAUUUUUAUUUUUUAUAAAAAUUUAAUAAUUGCACUGUGCAGAGAGAAAAACCAACCUGCAGGAGGAGUCACAGAAAUCAUGAAAAAAAGGUAAUUUAUUUUUGGUCAAAUAUUCACUUGAACAGUUGAUAUGUGGCCGUUUAAAGAGAAAAGCAGUUGGUUCCAUGUGUCAAGAUGAUUUUUAUUUCUUCCAGGAGAGGUAUGUGGUUGAGAUUGCACAACUUUAUAUCAGACUAAAUAUGGACUCCAAAGAUAUUUAAGUGUCUUAUUAUGAAUCUAAAAGGAUAAUUCUUGACCUCAGCAUCCCAGUUCAAUUCAGUUGAACAGUUGAUGGAGUGGCCUGACAUCCUGCUAAAUUGGUAAAUGAGAUUAUGUACUGCUGGAAGUGAAAUUGAUGGGUUCGUUACAUACAGGAGUAUGUCGUCAGCAUACAGGCUUAUUUUAUGUUGGUAUGAAUUUGACUGAAUUCUGGUGAUACUUUGCAAUCGUCUUGCCGCUGCUACUUGCUCAAAGAGUGCAAAUAAUAAAGGAGAUAGCGGGCAUCCUUGAAGAGUAUCUCUUUUUCAAGGGAUAUGGCUUUGAGUUUGAGGAAAUUUCUUGUAUGACAGAUACUGCAGGAGACGUGUACAGAAUUUGGAUCCAGUUGAUGAAAUUAGUUUUGAAUCCAAAGUGACACUGUAGAGAAUGGAUACUCUACCAUGUUGCAAGCUUUUUCUGUGUCCAAUAAUAAUGCUUUUAUGAAAGGUGAUUUAUUUUCUGGCAUGAGGUUGUGAUAAGUAAUUAAAUUUAUUAACCAUCUUAUGUUUUCGGAGGGAUGCCUCCCUUUAAUAAACCCUGUUUGAUGGCUGUGUAUUAGACUUGUGAUGACAGUUCUAGCCUGGUUGAUUUUGCUUAAUUUGUAUAUUUACAUUGAUGAGUGAAAUUGGCUAAUAGUUGGCACGCUGUGUUAAGUCUUUAUUCGGUUUUGGGAUAAAAGUGAUCUAAGCAGUGUUCAUAUAAUAUGGUAUGUUUCCAGUUUCCAAUAAAUUUCUUAGGAAUGGGAGAGAGGACAGAGACGGAGAGGCUAAAAUUCCCUUUUUGCAUUACUGUAAUGAGAAUGUAUAAAAUUAUAUUAUGAUUAUGUGAUUAUAUAUGAUAUUUUUUCCUCAAUAUUUGUGAUGAAAUAUGACCUAGACUUGAUCUACUGCACUUUAUGAAUAUGGUAGUACUUUAUUUGUUCCUGAACCUUGUAGUGAUUCUGUGAUGCUUUUGUUAUCCUGAAUUAUGUCAAUGCUCGUUAUUAUGCACUUAUGGCAUAAUAUAAUUAUAUUAGCGGAUCAUCACAACAGCCAAUGUUAAGACUCAUGUACAGUAUUGUUCAAAAUAAUAGCAGUACAAUGUGACUAACCAGAAUAAUCAAGGUU